AUGCUUCGCGCCCUCAGCAUGCUGCGGCGCCGGGAGUCUGCUGCUGGCUCUGAGAAUGUCAACAGCAGCAACUUCAGCAGCAGCAGCAGCAGCAGCAACAGCAGCAGCAGCUUCCAUGACGCCAUCGCCGGCAGCAGGGAAGCCAUCAAUACACUCGACAAACGCCAUGCCCACAUACUUCGCAGGGCGCAGGCGCAAAGCGAGGCGGCGCGGGCGUGCGUAGCUGCUUCGGACCGCAGCGGGGCUUUGCUGGCGCUGCAGCGGCGGCGUUUGCUGCUGCAGCAGCAGCAGCAACUUGCUGCUGCUCGUUUGGCUUUGGAGAAGCAGCUGCUGCAGCUGGAAGCAGCACAGACGCAGCGGCUGGCAGUCUCCGCCAUGGCAGCAGCAGCAAACGCCCAGAAGGAAAUCAGCAAACAACUCAACAGCAGCACCGUUGAAAGGCUCCUAGACGACAUGACGGAGCAGCAGGAAGUGCAGCAAGAAUUUGUGGAGGCGCUGCAGCAAACCGCCACGCCAGCCGAGCAAGAGGUUGAGCUGCUGCAAGAACUGGAUGAGUUGGAAGCACUUGAGGUGGAGAGACGGCUGGUGGACCCUCCAGGUGUAUCUGCACUUGGCCUGCAGCAGCAGCUGCAGCACACGCAGCAGGAGGAAGAGCUGCUGCUGCUGCAGCAGCAGCUGCAGCUGCAGCAGCACCACCAACGCCUCUUGACUGAGCCACUGCAGCACCACUCCUCGUGGCAGCGCACAGAGGCAGCAGCGCACCAGCAGCAGCAGCAGAAGCAGCAGCAGCAGCAGCAGCACCAGCCUCCACGCGCCUCAGCGUCGUUCCGGCCUACAGGGAUGCUGCUAGAGCAGCUGCAGCAGCAGCAGCUGCAGCAACAGCAGCAGGUGCCUGGCAUGCAGAGGCAGCAGAAAAGGCUGGAGCAAAGGAAUAGUGAACAGCAGCAGCAGCAGCAGCAGCAGCAGAGGCAGCCUAGCAGCAACUUGCUGCUAUAUGAAGACGGGAACUGGCCAGCACCAUCGAGCCGGCUCUCCACGGGAGUGAAUUCGCAGCUGCAGCAGCAGCAGCAGCAGCUAAGCGAAGAAGCCAGGCUGGGGGUGCUUCUAUAUUCUUGA